GCCACGGCAGAGUCAAUCGGUGGCUGUUGAAGUGCACUGUUGUUUAAUUUGGCAUUUUUAGAGCGCUCGUCGCCGUGAUACGUACGUGGCGCGGACAAUCAAAGUGAGCUGUGUUCUCUCGCAUACAACUUUUGGCUUGGCCAAUUUGUGAAAUCUGCGUAAAAAAAUAAAGACAAAUCGCAAUUUUUGUGAGCUUCGCUGUUGAAAGCCGUAUAUAAAGUAAAAAAUUGUAACAAACUUCUAUCGCAAUUUCGUGCAUACUUUUCCAGGCCUCGUCAAAGCCAAACUUCCAGAAAUAUUCAUUCUGCAGGAACUCUGUGAAGAAUUUCCGCCACUCUAACGCCUAAAAGCAGGCAAUAUUGUUUUUCGGUUUUCGAUAGUGUGGAAGACGAAUACUGUAGUACUCUGGUAGAGGAGCAGUCAUCAAGUUUUUCCUCCCUUUUUGGAAGAUAUAUAAUAAAAGACGCAGUAAUAAGUCAGAGCAUCCACAAAAGCAGCAGAGCGUGAAGUGGUCGACCAAUCGAGCAGACGAGCAAACAGGAAGUGGUAGUUAGCCAAAAACUACAAUUUGGAGGAUCUGUAGAAUUUGCAGACCAGCAUGAGGAACAUGAGGGGCAUGAGUGUGGGCACCACUCGCAGUGCUGUCGGUGUCUUAUUGUUGAUGUGCGUUAUCAGCAGCGUUAACUCGUUUUCAAAAUAUGGACGUGGCUGCAACGACAUUGGCUGUCUGCCCAAUGAGGAGUGCGUCAUCACCAGCGAUUCGUGCAGCUACACUCAACGCGAAGGCAAGGACUGCGGCAACUAUCCGAAAUGUCAGCGGAAGUCUGGCUCCAGCUCAGCGUCAUCGGCGCCAGUUAAUCCGUCAGUAAGCACCGGCACAACACACAACUCGUACAAUCCAAGCGCUCCGAUUCCCGAUAUGAGCGACGCGCAUAAUGGCGCUGGUGGUGGUGGUGGUGGUUAUAGUGGUGGCGGCUCUGGCGGGCACAGUCUUUAUCCCACAUUGCCAAACAGCCCACCAGCUGGUGGUCACAAUCCCUAUGGCGGCUAUCAGCCACAACCUGGCGGAUAUCAACCACCAGCUGGAGGUUACCAGCCCGGCGGCUAUCAACCUGGUGGCUAUCAGCCUGGUGGCUACAAUCCCAAUGCAGGCGGUGGUGGUUAUGUGCCAAAUGCGCCCGGUUAUGGUGGCGGCAGCGGCGGUAAUGUGCCGCAGAAACCCAAAGACAAGGAAGGCGGCGGUUUCCUUUCGAAUUUCUUCUCCAAUCCAGCGGUGAGUCAAGCUGUGAGCGGCAUUAUUGCCGGCCAAAUAGCCAAAACCUUGCAAGGCGGCGGCGCCGGCGGUGGUGGUGGUAGUGCUAGUGGUGGCACCAACGGCGGCUAUCAACCAAGCGGUGGCUACACGCCCAGUGGUGGUUAUGGUGGUGGCAGCUCAUCAGGUUCCGGCAGUGGCUCAUCAGGCAGCAACAUACUCGGCGGUCUGCUAGGAUCUGUGUUGGGCGGCGGUGGUUCCAGCGGCAGCAGCAGCGGCGGUAGUGGCAGUGCUAGUAAUUUUCUGGGCAGCUUGCUUAGUGGUGGUGGUGGUGGCAGCAGCGGUGGUAGUAGUGGUAGCGGCGGUGCUGGCAGCUUUUUGGGCAGCCUACUGGGAGGUGGUGGUAGCAGCGCCAAUCGUGGCAGCGGCGGUGGCAGCAAUCCACUCAAUGAAAUUCUGGGCUCUCGUAACUUUGGUGGCCUUUUCAGUGAGAAUCCAUCGUCGAGUUCCUCUGGAUCUGCAUCCAGUUCUUCGGGUGCCAAAAGCUAUCCCACUCAGCCAUCAAUGAGCCAGAACUACUAUGGCUAAUUGCAAAGAGUUGGCAAAUUAUUUCAUAUCAAACUUUGAGCAAAUUUAUUUUCAAUUUUUAAUUUUCUUAUAAAAAGCACAAAUUUAUUUUACUUCUCACCAAAAAAUAUACUCCUACUUUAGCUGCGUAAAAAUUAAGCAAGAAAUAAUGAAAAGAACGAGAGUUAAAUGCCGCAGGAACAAACUGAUUUUACUAUAAAAUAAUAAAAAAUGAUAAUCAAAAAUUUAAGCGUUGCGAGACUAUGCGAAAUAAGUAAUUGUAAAAUAAGGCAGCAUAAAAAAUGUUAACGAAAUGUCAUUUUCGUGUAUGUAUGUGGAAAAUUAACAAAAACUAUCCAUACAAAUAUUGGAUAACUGAGCGGAAAGUAAAUACAAUAAAAUCAAACGCAAAACGUAGUUGGUAAAAGAAUUUUUAUUUUUCUGCGAUAUUAUUUGGAAGCAGCUGGAAUUACUCGCAAAAACGCAAAACAAUGAAUACAACAAUAAUUUUAUCAAUCAAUUAGUGUAAUAAUAUGUAGGAAAUGUACAUACGAAAAUGCGAAAAAAGAAAAUUACUUUAUAGAAAAAAUCAUUUGAAAUGUAACAAAUUUUUAUUUUAAUAAAUCCGAUACGAAUAUAAACGUAAUUUAUGAGAAGAACUGGUUGUCGAAGGAGUUUUGGAAUGUAAAUAGCGGAAAUCAAUUAAAUAAACGAAAUUAUAAGAUAUAUACAUAUUUAAUUUA